UGAAGUGCCGCAGCUUUAGUUUGUGUUCGAGCGUCGCCAGAGUUAAGUUUGUAAAAUGUAUUGGCGCUCGCGUUUCUGUCUGCUCGUUGUCUUCCUCGCGCUGGUGGCUGCCCAGAAGAGCAAAUCGAAAGCAUCGGAUCGACCACAGGGACGCACAUUGGGUCUGCUGGCGCCGUUGCUGCUCGGCGCGGGGGCGAGUCCGCUGUACGAUGUGCCCGUGCUGCCCGUGGGUGGCACCAGUGGAGGUGGCAGCGGUGCUGGCACACAGUCGGAUUCCUACUAUGGAGGAGCUGGAGUUGCAGGUGGAGGUGGCUAUCCGGGCUAUGGCAACUACUAUGGCUAUGGCUAUCCCAGUCUGGGCCUAGGCUAUCCCAGCUUCGGUUUGGGCUAUCCCAGCUAUGCCAACUACUUGGGCUACAACAGACCCAACUACAGCUACAACAACUACAACAGACCCUACUAUAGCUACAACAACUACAAUAGACCCAACUACAACAACUACAACAACUAUGCCGGCUACCAGCGACCCACACAAUAUCCAGGCAGCUACAACGGCUAUCGGCCCAACUACAACAAUUUCAAUAACUAUGGCAACGCUGGCAACUAUGGCAACAGACCCGCUGCCUAUCCAACGCCAGUCAGCUCCAGUCCCGGCUCAGGUGGCACGGCAACAGGUGGAGCUGGCUCACAGCUAACCACGGCGCAGGCAGCACAAAUCGCUGGGCUACUGGGCCAAGCUUUGGGCAGCAGUUUGCGUCCUCUUUUGGCCAAUGGUGGUGCAGGUGGUGCUGGUGGUGCUGGCAUCAAUGCGCAAGCGCUAAGUAAUAUCUUGAGCAACCUCAGUGGCUAA